GGCACGAGGCGCGCCUACUUGCGCUGCAACUCCUUGCCGGCCUUCCUGCUGCUGCACGGCGCGCGGGCUGAGGCACGGCUUGGCGGGAACGCGAAAAGAGCGUGCGGAGCCUCCGGUGUUGGCGGCGGCAACGAGUGGGAGCCCAGGUCCGGCCGCAGCACGCGGAACUGAGCUGAAGGUGGCGGGGCCUGGCGAAGCCGCGAUGAAGCCGAGCAGCGAAGAGGAGGAGGAGGCGGUGCAGGGAGUGGGCCCCUGGGAUGAGUGCUUCGAAGUGGCGGUGCAGUUGGCGUUGCGAGCGGGACAGAUCAUCAGGAAAGCCCUCGGUGAAGAAAAGCAUGUCUCGACCAAAACCUCCGCUGCAGAUCUGGUGACAGAGACAGAUCACCGUGUAGAAGACUUGAUAGUUUCUGAACUGCGAAAGCGGUUUCCUUCCCACAGCAGGUUCAUUGCAGAAGAGGCCACAGCCUCCGGGGCCAAGUGUGUGCUCACCCCCAGCCCAACCUGGAUCAUCGACCCCAUCGAUGGCACCUGCAACUUUGUGCACAGAUUCCCUACUGUGGCAGUCAGCAUCGGAUUUGCUGUUCACCAGGAGCUGGAAUUCGGAGUGAUUCACCACUGCACAGAGGAGCGGCUGUACACCGGCAGGAGGGGCCAGGGUGCCUUCUGCAACGGCCAGCGGCUCCAGGUCUCCAGGGAGACAGGUCGUCCGGUGGUGACUGCCGUCUCUGAGAGACCCACCCACCUCUGCUCGGAUCUCGCCAAGGCCUUGGUUCUGACAGAAAUUGGGCCCAAACGUGACCCCGAUACUCUGAAAGUAUUCCUGAGCAACAUGGAGCGGCUGCUGCAUGCCAAGGCUCAUGGGGUCCGAGUGAUUGGAAGCUCCACCUUGGCGCUCUGCUACCUGGCCUCGGGCGCCGCUGAUGCCUACUAUCAGUUUGGCCUUCACUGCUGGGACCUGGCAGCUGCCACAGUCAUCAUUCGAGAAGCAGGUGGCAUUGUGAUAGACACCUCAGGUGGACCCCUUGACCUCAUGUCCUGCCGAGUCGUUGCUGCUGGCACCAGAGAGAUGGCGGCACUCAUAGCUCAGGCCUUACAAACUAUUAACUAUGGACGGGAUGAUGAUAAGUGAGGUUCAGAAGAGGCUGGGGCUCAGCAGCUCCCUGGAAAAGAGCUGUCCCUAUGGUGAGGGCUCCAGGACGAACGUCUGCCGUGGCUCUUGCCGGGACUCGGUGCUUAGCUGAUCUCUCUCUAAUCUCAUGUAGCCUUUUUCAGGUCGGUACAAGUUCUUUCAUCGGAGCCAAACCCAGAUCUCUUGUGAGGUGUGCGUGAGUCACGCAGUCUUGAUUGUUUUUCCAGAACGUAAAUCUCAGGUAGUAAAGCUUUAGAACUUGCUCUCAGGCCCUCCCCUGCCCGUGGUAAUACAGAACGCAAUAAAUCAGGAUUACUGCGUCCUGCUCUUUGUUCCCCUCCGGCCUCUGGUUCUCAGGCUUCCUGAAUCCCCAUGCUGUGCAGGCAAGUUACUGACGUCACCCCAACCAUGGCAACAAUGAAAACAUUUCCCCUAAAUAUCAGUCUCCUGAUCUACAGGCUGAAUUUAAUUGUGCAUAUAGAUCAUCUUUAGCCAUUUUUUAUACUGCCUUUAGCGGACCUUCAGGGAAUAAGUGUGCUGUAUAAAAUUAAAAUGAUAUAUAUAUAAAGAA